AAAAGUUCUUACGUUUAUUUAGUUUUUAAAGCCGAUUUUAUGCAGGUGUGAAUGUAGUUUACGAUACUCCCGCGUGGCGGCGCUUUGGGGCGAGUGACGUCACUGGCGUCGAGGCUCAGAAAGCCAUAUUCGAUUCAGCUAUCCGCCUACUUACAGUUAUACUCGAUCGCUUUGUCUGAACUAUUUUGUAAAAAUGAACAGAGAACGAAUUGAAGGAUAUUUGUUUGAACCAGAGGGUAUUGCAGAAGAUGUGGAUGAUGCAGAGUGGAAAACGGACCAGGAAGAUAGUGAAGGAGAGCUCUCAGUCAGCCGACUAAACGAUUUGGCGUGGUGUGAGUGUGGCCAUUGUGAGCUUAUGCCCACCUUUGUGGAAUCAACGUGCUGUAGUGAAAACACUGCUGUGUCUGCCAAAAUGAAGCACGAUACCAGAUGCGUUACCGAACUACAGACCUACAAUAAUGCAUGUUUAGACGCAGACAUGCUGGAGAUUCUCAUGGCAUCGAUGAAAGAAGUGCUCGGGGAAAGUCUGCGUGACCCAAUUACGAACAGAAUGUACAGAUAUGUGGCGUACAGAAGCUUCACAUGGUAGAUAUAUGGGAAGCUGGGGAGGAGGCGAAGGAAAGUUAUUCCUGCCUGUGUAGUGACCUCAAUAAGGAAACGGUUUCCAGAAAAAGAUGGAUGUUAUGAAGGUUAUCAUGAGGUACUGGGUGGACCAAUGGAUGGCCAUGCGGAUUUGUGAUUAUGCUCAAUAUAUGAAUAGGCCUACAUUUAAACAUUUAUUUUUGCUUUAUUUUUGUGACUGUGGACCUUUACAAUGAUCUGCAUUUAGAACA